CUGGACUGUUAAUAUCCUGAAAAGUGUUAAAAUUAUGACUUAGCCGUUGUUAGUAGGAUGUUCUUUGCGAAAUAUAUGUUUCUAUAUGUGGAGUAAAGAAAUAACAAACGGAACUUUGAAAGCAGCCAUUUUAAAAUUUGAAAGGACGAAGUGUACUGUUUUGUUGCGGUUAUUCCUUCAUUUCAAUCACUACUGGUGCGAAACUUUUACGAAAAAUGCAUACUAUCACGGGUCAGCCAAGAAUUGGUGGUAAUGCGUUACCCACUCCAUCAGUGACAGCUGCAAUGGCUCAGGUCGACAGAGAAAAAAUUUACCAGUGGAUUGUAGAGCUGACUAAUCCCGAAACUAGAGAAAAUGCUUUAUUAGAACUUAGUAAAAAACGAGAAGUAGUUCCAGAUUUAGCUCCAAUGCUGUGGCAUUCAUUUGGAACGGUAGCAGCUUUACUUCAAGAGAUUGUCAAUAUUUACCCAUACAUCAACCCACCACAUCUGACAGCUCAUCAAUCUAAUCGUGUGUGUAAUGCAUUGGCGUUACUUCAAUGUGUAGCAUCUCAUCCAGAAACACGGUCAGCAUUUCUACAAGCCCAUAUACCACUAUUUCUUUAUCCAUUCCUUCAUACGGUCAGUAAAACCAGACCAUUCGAGUAUCUUAGGCUAACAAGCCUUGGUGUGAUUGGGGCCUUAGUUAAAACUGAUGAACAAGAAGUAAUCAAUUUUCUACUUACAACUGAAAUAAUUCCACUUUGUCUGCGAAUCAUGGAGAGCGGAAGUGAAUUAUCAAAAACUGUUGCAACAUUUAUUUUACAAAAAAUUUUAUUAGAUGAGACUGGUUUGUCAUAUAUAUGUCAGACAUAUGAGAGGUUUUCACAUGUAGCAAUGAUUUUGGGUAAAAUGGUGAUACAACUAGGUAAAGAACCAUCUGCAAGACUAUUGAAACAUGUAGUAAGGUGUUAUCUCAGGCUGUCUGAUAACCCAAGAGCAAGAGAAGCUUUACGUCAGUGUCUUCCGGACCAAUUAAAAGACACCACAUUUGCAGCUGUAUUAAAAGAUGAUAAUUCUACCAAGCGAUGGUUAGCACAGCUUAUCAAGAACUUGACAGAUAGCCCUGUCAACACAACAGGCAUUCCUUUGCCACCGCAAUGACAAUUACAGAUGGUGGCAAACAUGGCUAGUGAGAACAUUCAAUUGUAAGGUACAUGGCACAUUCUUUUCCCCCCACUGUGAAACCAAUGGUACUUUUUAUACAGAUGUACAUAUAUAUAUAUUUCAACUCCAUUGAAACAGUUUGAUGCGAUCUGUCUGAGAAA